AACACUAAGAGAAUGUUAUAACGACUUUGCUGGUAUCGAUUUCCGCUGAAAGCUAAAACGGAUAGCUACUAAGAAAGGGCCAUGUCAUCCCGAAGAAACUUACGACGAGCGCCGGGUUAUCCCCGAAGGAAUCCCAGGAAAUCCAGUGUGGUGGACGGUGUUGCGAAUGCAACUAUUCCCGCGAAAAAAGUUGGCCAAUGGGGGUGCCUUGAUUGCUCUCACCGGUCUAACAGAGCGGACCAUCUGAUAGAGCACAUGAUAUUCCAACACCAUCGGGAAAAGAACGACCCUUACUUCAAAACCUUGAAUCACACCCGAUGGGAAACAUGUCCUGGCUGUAAUCAGUCCAAGUCGAAACUCAGCCAGCACAAGAAAUCUUGCAAAGAGUUUCUGGCCAAAAUGGCCCCUCAAGAGGGACUGAAUAGGACCAUGGCACCACGAGACGGUGGUUCAUCGGAGAAUUCUAGCUCGCCGUCCAAUUCCAAUGCCAAUCCGGGUAGUAAUGAAGCGAAUAAGGAUCGGACUCCUCCUGUUGGCAAUGAAAGUUGGGCCAAAUAUUGUUGCCCGGAGUGUGCUUACUCAACACAAUAUGGGUAUCAUCUCAGGCGCCACAUGAUGACCAUUCAUAAGCGUUCCAAACACGAUGCGUUCUGUCGGACGAUGGGCGUGGACGGAAGGAAGCCUUGCCCAAAGUGUUUCCAAGAGGUAACCAACCUCAUUGAACACAGAAAGCUCUGUCCGGCGUGGACAUCCAAAGCUCUUCCCGUCCUUCAAAUCCUGAAGAAUUCCAAUUUAGAAGAGUGCUUCCGACAAUACUUGGGGCAUACCCCGCUUUCCACAAGAUCGAAUUACGAAAGGCAUUUUCGGACCUUUUGCCAAUUUUAUGGCGAUCAAGUGCCAUGAGACGAUCUAAAGGACCUAUUCCUGACGGCGAAAGAUCCGUUAGGUAGAGCGUCAAUCCUUGACUCUCGUCGAGUCAAGAAAUUCCUUUCCCAAUGCAAGACUGGUACGGCACUCAAUGCUGCCAAGGCUCUGACCAAGUUCCUGGGGAUGUACGAGGAGUUUUUGAUCACUCUUUUACAUGAGAUUGACAACGAAGUGUUUCAAGAGGCUCGGCAGCAAAUUAAAGAAGUGAAGCGUAUCAUCACGGAAAUGAGGAGUGACGUGGUAGCGACCAAACGUGACCAGAUGCUCGCCAAUCUCUCCACCCAAACUGCAGGACCAAACCAAAAGGCGUUAGGCCGUAGACCCCAGGAAGUGCGCAAGUAUUGUCUCCAAUUCAUCCAAUCGCAACACGUCACUCAGAUGUGUGAUAGAGUCGUCAGUUCGAGUGGUCAAAAUGACUUGGACAAAUAUGCCAUCAACCCCACAUUUUUGAGAGACCUGACAAUGGGGCUGUUGGAGUUGACCACUGGAGGAUUACGCGGAGUGUCCAUCCGGAGUCUGACCUUGAAAGAAUACCAACGUCGUGAAGUGGUGUCCGAAGAGCCAUUUGAGGUUUCAAUGAAGUGCCACGCUCACCGGUUAGCCCGUCCUUAUGACAUUUCCGAAGUGAUCGUAAAAAGUCGAAUCGUAAUGGAGGUCUUGAGCCGUUACGUGGAGCAUUCGAGGCUCUUGAUUGGCGACCCCACCGUUCUGGCCAAACCCGGAAGUCCCUUAUUUCCCACCAUGAGGAACAGAAUUCCUUGUUCUACCAAGAUUGCGAUCGCUUGGGUAAGAAGAGUGAUGCUUAAGGAACUUCACAUCAAGGAUGACGCCGAUCCGGAACUCACCACAUUGAAUUCAUCAGCGAUUAGAAAAGCAUUUACGUCGAACUCUGCCGGAUUGGCUGAGUUUAAACAAAAGAUGGCCGCUGGACCCAUUUCAAAUUGUUAAUAAGCAUCUCGCAUGAUGGUCGAGCAAACAAAACGAUGAAAGCUCUCCCUGGUUCACGAUGAUCUCGAAGAUUCUGAGGAUUGCGAUGAUCCCGUCGAUUCGGAGGAUUUCAAUAAUCCGGAUGAGUCGUUUGUAUGUAGCUCUGAAAAUGAUCUUCAGAAAUAAUUCCGUGAUACCUCGAUGGAAUGACAUGUUGGAGCCCAUUUCCAUUCCAACAUGUUUUACUCUCGUCGACGACCGUUCAAAAAUGCCUUGUAUGAAAGCCCAUUUUCACUGCCAAACGAACCACCCUUUUCUCGCAGCCGUUGCACAGGUGGAAGUAAUCAAGGAUGAACUGCAAAAGAUUUCUCCUCUAUUUACGAGUACAUCUUCAAAAUGUUGGAGCCCAUUUCCAUUCCAAGAGUUUUUACUCUCCUCGACGACCGUUCAAAAAUGCCUUGUAUGAAAGGUCAUUUUCACUGCCAAACAAAACCCUUUUCUACUAACCGUUGCACAGGUGGAAUUAAUCACGUACCAACUGCAAAAUAUUUCUCCUCUAUUUACAUCCUUGACUUGUAUUCUCUUUUUGACGAAAUUCUUGGGACUGCCAAGUGAACAUCGUUACUCUCAAGUCAUCUUCUGGACAUGCAGAAAGGUUUCUUCCUUCUCUUGCACCGUACCGUGACCAAUUCAAAGUUCGAGAUGUCCCUAAUGCAACCUACGAGUAUGUUACUCCUAACUGUGUAGUUGAAUGAUCACCCGAUCUCUGGCCACUUAGAAUCCGGGUGAUCCGCUCGAGCAAGCACAUUUAAAGACAUGGUUUGUGAUGGAAACGUGUCCACAACUUCUGCAUCUUUUUAAGCUGAUUGUUACUAACGUUAUGACUCAAAUAUUUGUUUUGUUUUUUACGCACACCGAAAGCGAGUGGAAUUCCUCUGCGUUUGAUUUUUGCCAAAAGUCUUCACUAUUGCAUUGACAAUGAAUGUUAUGGGGCUCGAAAUGGUAUUUUUUUAUUUCAGACAGGCUCGAUGCAGCCGUGAUGAAGAAAACGUAUGCCUACUAGUACAAUCUUUGUUUGUCCAAAGUUGUAUCGUUUCCGUCUUUACCUAUGUUAAUAAAACACUCGUUCUCACUCUU